AUGACAAUGGCAUUCCAGAGGCGCAGAGAAGUUCUGUUCAAGUUAAGUAACGGUGCUGUAAGUCGUCCUGGUAAACCUGACGCGAAAUUCCGGCAAUUCAAUAAGAUAGAAGAUGGAAGAGAAUGGGUAGAAGUUGUCAUAAUGGAGCCAUUGGAUUACGAACAAGCGCAAAACUAUACGUUAACCCUUACCGCUACGGAUGUGAAUUCGCAUGUGUCAUCGUCAAGAUCUUUUGUGGUACUCGUUCAAGAUGUGAACGAUGUCGUACCACAGUUUACGGUGGAUCUCUUUACCGGAACUGUAGAUGAAGAACUAACGCCGGCGGAGUACCUAGAGAAGGUCGGUAAGCCCAUCACGACGGUAAAAGCGGUAGAUUUGGAUUCGAACGGUCCACAAAAUGAGGUAGGUGUUAAUAUUUUGUUGAUAUUAUGUCACGCGCUUUACAUAUAA